UGGAACUGUGUUUAACUUACUUGAAUAACUUUAAAAGUAUAUUUCAGUUGUUGAGGCUCCUAUAGCUGAGAUAUAUUCAGUUUUACCAAAUCCUACCUAAAUUUCCUGUUUUUUUUUUCAAGUGACAGCUUCACCCAGGGAAGGGUUUAGUCAGGUGUUUGCGUUAUUCUUUAGCACUGCAAGAAAAGGUAGAAUUUUGUCCUGGUUCAGCAGUUGUAGCAGGAAAGCAUCCUUGCUGAGGUUGCCACGGCAACUGUGUCAGCUGCAAGUCUGGGAUCAUAUGCACAUAGAGGAAUACACUGAAGAAGAUGAUGAACCACCUUUGCUGCUCAGCUCUCGUCCUCCUUGCGGCACGCCUGGCUUCCAGGUGUUUGGCUGUGGUGGGACUGCAACGCUGCGGUGUCGGCGGGGGGAAGGAUGCCAGUGUCUGCAGUGUCCUGCAGGCCAGGAGCCAUCCAAGGCCUGCGAGCAGAUUCAGAGUCCAUCAGAUGAAGUUCAGUGUGGGAUGUGCCCACCAGGAAGCUUUUCGGAUACACUGGAUGCUGACCUCUGCCGUCCACACACCUCCUGCAGGACCCUCGGCAGAAUAGUUGUGACGGCUGGCACCAGCUCCUCAGAUGCUGUCUGUGGGGACUGUCUGCCCGGGUUCCGUGCCACUGCUGCAGGGCAUGUUUCCACCCACAGUCCCUGUGUGAAAAGGGAUUUGCAUCUCAGAAUGAUCCGCACGGUGGAGAACGGCCCGUCCAGUGGGGCCGCAGGACCAGCCAACAGCACAGUGGUGCGCAGCGCCGAGGAGAAGACGGCCGAAUACGCCGUGUUCGCCCUGGUGCCCAUAUUCUGUGUGAUGGGCCUGUUGGGCAUCCUCAUCUGCAACAUCCUGAAAAAGAAAGGCUACAGCUGUACUGCCGAGAAGGAAGGAGGAGAUGAAGAGGCAGCCACUCCCCAGAAAGAAGGUAACACUUGUGCGUACAUAUCAGACGACCUGAACGAAGACACCAUCAGUGUUCUUGUUCGCCUCAUCACUGAGAAAAAAGAAAAUGCUGCCGCACUGGAGGAACUGCUGCUGGAGUACGAGAGCAAGCAGAUGAGCAAAGGCUCAUCAAUCAAGUUCCCGAUGCUCUCCCCCUUGUCUACGCUCCGCUCUCUGCCCAGGCUUUGCCCCCACCAGUCCCAUCUGCACACCAUCUCCGGCCUCUCCGGCCGGGCCCCGCGGCACGGCUACCGCUGCUCCCGCUGCGCCCAAAAGAAAUGGCCCCCUAUUCUCAUUCCUCCACUGGACUCUCUUAAAGAUCCUCUGAAGCCCCCCCCAAGUCUUAUGCUGCCCUCCUUGGACACCCCGACCGACAAGCAGGACGUCCCGCUGCUGCCGGGGCUGUGCGUGGACACAAAUCGUACGCAAAGUGCUGCCGUGCCAAAAACUGUUCAGGACAAAGUGGACGGAAAAGAAGGGAAGGAGACGAAGGAAGGAGAGCUCACAGUGUUGUCUGUGGGGAGAUUUCAAGUCGCACAUAUUCCCGAGUACAAGCCGAUCCCCCUGGAAACCAAGACCUCAUCACAGGAGCAGAGGAACUCCCUGUUUGGUGGGAGACAUUUCUCAUCCUCUUCUUCCUCAUCUGGAUUCAGAAGAUGAGGAGACAAAAAGACGAAGCUAUGAUGACACUACCUCGCAGAAGAUGGCUUUUAUCAUCUGAAGACAGCUUAGGAGGGAGCAUGGUCUGAGUGUCCUCCUGCUGAAAGAAGU